CCUGUAGGCGUCCGUUGGGGAUCCGGCGCGUUGCUGUUUGCUUUGCGUAAUCUCCCGAGACUUUGACAGCAAAGGAUAAAGCGGUUGCUGUGUUGCAUAAUUUGUGCUUAAAGUGGGGUUUAGUAAGCACGCUUUGUGUUGUUUUAAAGUGAAUUGUGAAGCUGCGUUGAGAGCUAAUCUUGGUAGAAGAUCAGCAGAGAAUUAGUGGAAGAGAAUUAAAGAAAGGAGUGAUUCACCCGUGGAGACCGCGGUUCAGAAACAUCUGGCAGCAACCCAAAAUAGCAGCUGAAAUAAUGGCGGAUGCUGUUCUGAUCGGGAGACUGGUGGAACCCGAUGUUUUUAACGGAUUUACUGAAUUUAAGAUGCAAACUGUUAUGGGGUCAUAAAUGCUACUGUAAUCACUGGGCUCACUUUUCAGCUGCUUGGAAACAUUGUCUGCAAGAUGAACUUCUUCCUGGAAACACUGCUUUUCAUUGGAAAGUUACUCUAUCUGACUCUGGAGUCUUUAUUUUUAUUGUUUAUCCCUGCACGGAAGAAGAAUGUUUCUGGUGAAAUAGUGCUUAUAACUGGAUCUGGAAGUGGAAUUGGGAGGCUUAUAGCUUUAAAAUUUGCCAAGCUCGGAGCCACCUUGGUUCUGUGGGAUAUUAAUCAAGAAGGGAACAAAGAGACAGCCAGAUUGGUGAGAGAAAAUGGAGGUGUGAGGGUGCAUGACUACACGUGCGACUGUAGCAAGAAACAGGAGAUCUAUCGAGUGGCAGAUCAGGUUAAAAUGGAAGUUGGUGAUGUUGGUAUCCUAAUUAACAAUGCUGGAAUUGUAACUGGGAAGAAAUUCCUUGAUUGUCCAGACUCACUGAUAGAAAAGACAAUGGAAGUGAACACAAUGGCAAACAUCUGGACUUGCAAAGCAUUUCUUCCAGCAAUGAUGGCAGCUAACCAUGGGCACUUAGUAACUAUUGCUAGUUCAGCUGGUUUGUUUGGAAUAAGUGGAAUGACAGAUUACUGUGCAAGCAAAUUUGCAGCUGUUGGCUUCCUUGAGGCUUUAGUAGCGGAGAUGAAGCACUUGAAAAAGACUGGCAUUAAAGCCACAAUUGUCUGCCCAUAUUUCAUAUCCACUGGGAUGUUUGAAGGUUGUAAAUCAAAGUUACCCCAUGUGAUUCCUGUUCUAAAGCCAGAAUAUACAGCAGAGAAAAUUGUGACCAGUGUCCUACGGGAGGAAUUUUAUGUGAUCCUUCCACGAUUCGUAACCUUGGGACUUAAACUGAAACAUUGGUUGCCUCAAAAAAUCGCUACUGCCAUUAGUGACUAUAUUGGAUUGCCCAGUUUGAUGGAUACUUUUGUAGGCCGGCAAAAGAAGAGAUGAAUGCAAUAAACUUCUGAAAUCUGCAGCAAAAACAAGUUUUUUCUUCAUGAAUUUUUAUCUGUGUUUCAGUACUUAUGUGGAAUUCCAUAUUGCCAGAUUUUUUUCCUUUAGUGAAUCUGUCUGCAUAAUGAAUCAGGGUUAGUAUGGAUCAUGUUUAGUCUUAUAGUGGUGAAGGUGUAUGACUGACCUUCAUUACAACUGUCUUCAGGAUAUUUUGCUAUUUAGCUUUAUAAAAUGUACGUAUAUUUUGUGUGUAUAUAUACACAUAUAUGCACACACCUCAUUGCACUGAAAUCUUUGAACAAAUGUCUUUUGGAUGUUUGUAGGCUUUUCUGUGUUUAUCUUUUUACUUAUAAAUUAAAACAUGAAUCUGUUUUUUAAAAAUACAUAUGUCUUCAGGCAAGAGAUAAUUCAUGAUACAGUUGAUAGUAUUGACCAGUGCCAUCUAGAGAGUGUUAUGACAGAAGAAGAUUUUGGCUAUCCAGCUCUCCGGAUAAAAUAUGCCUAAUAUAUGAAUAAACAUUAUAAGGACCCCAAUAUUAAGCCCAUUGACAUUGUGAAAACUGGAAGUCAGUGCCACCACAAAAUGGCUGCUAUGGGUGCAGUCAUAGAAUGUUGAGAAGUUGCAAGCCAAGCAUCCUCCUGUGAUGGAGGCAGCUGCUUCUGAAUAGUUUCCCCCUGAGUUCUUCUGAAACACCAGCAAAGUGGAAUAAAGCCAGGAAGAUGCCUUAGAAAAGACAUCCUUUGUCAAGAAGCACUCAGUAACCAAUUGGCAGGCCCCAUGAUUCCCAUAAGUGCCUCACUGGAGACUACUGAUGUAAACUAAUAGUAAAAUGCCUUUCUUUUAGGACUGUUUUGAAAUGGUUAGAAUCUAAAUAAAUAAUGCAUUUAUUCAAUAUA